AUGGCAAGAACAGUUGGAAGAAACAUAGCAGCUCCGUUGCUGUUUCUGAACUUGGUUUUGUAUUUCAUUCUUCUAGGUUUUGCGAGUUGGUGUCUGGAUAAGUACAUCCAUGGUCAAACCCAUCAUCCCAGCUUUGGAGGUGGUAAUGGAGCAACACCUUUCUUGCUGACAUUUGCCAUACUAGCCGCCGUGUUGGGAAUUGCUUCGAAAUUAGCAGGAGGGAACCACUUAAGGGCAUGGAGGAGCGACAGUUUAGCCGCCGCCGGAUCUUCUUCUUUAGUUGCUUGGGCAGUCACCGCACUGGCUUUCGGGUUUGCAUGCAAAGAAAUAAGCAUUAGGACAGGGAGAGCCUGGAGGCUGAGGGUUGUGGAAGGUCUCAUAAUAGUGCUGAUGUUCUUGCAAUUGCUCUAUGUUUUGUUGAUUCAUGCGGGAAUGUUUAGCAGCCGAUACGGGCCGGGUUACAGAGACCCGGACUAUGGUGUGGGUGCCCCGGGAACCGAGCCUAAAGGCACAACUGGUGUAACUGGAGCCAGGGUCUAA